AUGGCGCCUCCAACCUUUCCCCCGGUUCCCAGGUCGCUCUUCUAUCCGCGCCGGCCCAAAACGCGCGACAACGAAACCGCCCUCCGCCUCGAGGCCCUUGGGGCUAGCCGCUACACGACCUACGCCCAGCACCUGUGGGGAUUCACCAUCCUACGGACAGUCUACACGCCCGAAUCGGACACUCUAUUCCCCAUCGCCAUGCGACGGCUGGACGCGUGGGCACGCUAUAGCCCCCACCAGGGCAGAUUUCCGAAAUAUGGACAGGCGUAUGAAAGCAAGGCCGUGACCGACGGGGAGCCCAACGAGGAAUUGGCAAAGAGGUUCUAUUGCGACGUGAUAGAGGACAAGGACAGGCUUGCGGGGAUUCAGUCGGACGCCGAGGGUUUCGCCAAGCUCAGGGACUACUUCCGGGAGUGGUUGGUUAGCGUGGGCGUGCAGCCAGAGCUUCCGCCGAAUUAUAACGACGACGACGACGACGACACCGACGGUCCAGAUCUUGAUCCCGCCCUUGAGCCCAACGAGAGCCAUGACGACCCGAGAUUUCGCAGUGUCCUUGUGGUUGACGAGGAGUGCUUGCGUUCGCUGAUUGAGGAACUACCCGAUGAGACGCCCCCGCUGAGGACGGCAGUGGAUAGAGAAGAAUGGCUCAAGUACCUGCGCAUGGGUAAGAAAGCGUGGCUUUGGAUGCUGGAUACGGGGUAUAUGACUCGAGACGAGAGUCAAUUUUCUCCUCCUGGAUUUCGAGGCUGGUUCAGGCUCGGUCCCACGGAGCUUCUCUGGGCCUGGUACGAAUGGAAGAGUUACCUGCAUCGCCGAUCCGAUCCUUCCUGGAAGGUUCAAGAAAAAGAUGGGGUUCCGGGAGUCUGGUGGUAUUAUUACUGA